AUGGUCACUAAAGAAGAAGCAAGUAAAUGGAAGUUAUCAGAGUUAGAGCGACUUGAGACCAUUGGUACAGGGACCUUUGGUCGUGUUCGGAUAUGCCGCUACAAAGACUCCUCAAAAUUCUGUGCUUUGAAGAUCAUGAAAAAACAGGAAAUCUUGCGAAUGAAGCAGGUUGAUCAUACUCUCGCAGAGGCUAGUAUCCUUAGUGAAAUUUGUCACCCUUUCAUCGUUAAUAUGAUUAAAGGUUAUAUGGAUGAGAAUUAUCUUUAUAUUUUGAUGGAAUAUAUUCCUGGUGGGGAGUUGUUUUCGCAUUUACGGAAGGCAGGAAAAUUUCCGAACGAUGUGGCAAAGUUCUAUUCUGCUGAAGUAAUUUUAGCUUUCGAAUAUCUUCACAGUAAAGAGAUCGUAUACCGAGAUCUCAAACCGGAAAACCUUCUUCUUAAUUACGAUGGGAACAUCAAAAUUACCGACUUUGGUUUUGCUAAGCGAGUAGUAGAUCGGACAUUUACUCUUUGUGGUACACCAGAGUACUUGGCUCCUGAAAUUAUUCAAGGCAAGGGCCAUGGAAAAGCGGUGGACUGGUGGGCACUGGGGAUUUUACUUUAUGAAAUGCUUGUAGGCUAUCCUCCCUUCUUUGAUGAACACCCGUAUAAAAUCUACGAGAGAAUAUUGGAGGGCAAAGUGUUGUUUCCACACUGGGUGGAUGCAAAGGCGAAAGAUCUAAUUAGGGGGUUUCUCACACCAGAUUCCGACAAACGUCUCGGUAAUAGGAAACGUGGUGUACAUGAUAUCAAGCAUCAUAAUUACUACACCGGAGUUGAUUGGGAUGUUGUGCUCACAAAAAAACUCAGUACACCAAUUCCGAUUCGAUUUCACAGAGCAGGCGAUACACGGUAUUUUGAUAAGUACCCCGAAAGUCCACAUCAACCUCUCCGUGCACUUACUCCAGCCCAGCAAGAGGUUUUUGCUAAUUUUUGUGAUGGUAAUUAUACACAGGAAUAA